AUGGACAACAUCAAAAACCCUAAAACCCCGGAUGAUUAUUCCAAUCGCAAAUCAAAAAACACUUAUCAAAGCGUUGAUGAUUCCCUGAACCAGUCAAGAUCUUACGUAUGCAGUUUCUGCGUAAGGGGCUUCUCAAAUGCUCAAGCACUAGGAGGGCAUAUGAACAUCCACAGAAGAGACAGAGCUAAACUCAGACAAAAGCUUAUGGAAGAUAGUAAAGAUGCUGUUGUCGAGAGUGAUUCAUCAGAAGUUGUUUCUCUAGAACUUAACGAACAACAACAAGAAGAAGAAGCUAUGGCAUGUGAAGACGAUCAUGAUGAUCAAGAUCAAGACAUGGACAAAGAUACAAGUCCUGGCCAGAAAUUAGGGUUUUUGGUUCAAGAAACCAAGCUUGGUGCUAAUGAUCGUGGAAACGUCGUGGAUGGUUCGAGUUCAAGUAAUCAUGGGCAGAGUGAAGAAUUGGAUCUCGAGCUCCGAUUAGGCCAAAAAGCCGUGGAGAAGAAAACAUAA